AUGAAAUGGAAUGAAGAACACGAAUUGCUUAUGUUGAGGGAAUUGAUGCUUUUGCAGCCAUGGCUGCACAAGAAAGGAACUAGUGAGAGAGGAGAUGAUUGGGAAAAGCUGGCAGUAUCCUUAAAUGCUAUUCCUUAUCCCCAAUUCCGUGUUACUCAACGGUCUGUUCGUGACCACUAUUCAACAAUGGAAAAGAGAAGAAGGAAAAAAGUCAGGGAAGAAGACAGAGCCUCAGGUAUUGCCUCUGAAGAGGACAAGGAACUAGAUCAACUGUUAGAUGAAACAAUUGAACUCUUUGAUGAGUCUGACAAAAUCACAGAUCAAACAAAACAAAAGCAGGAAGAAGAAGCAAAGAAAGCAGAGGAAAUGCGGAAGAGAUCAUUGGAAACUUUUAAAGAUAGUGCCAAAAGGAAUGCCGAUGAACAGCAAGGAGCAAGACCGAAAAAGGGUAGAGCUAGUGGUGCAAGCACUCUGGCUUACCUGAAGGAUAGGGCAGAAGUAGAAGCUACUUUAAAACGUGAUGAAUUGGAGAUAAAAAGGCAAGAGUUAGCACUGCAAGCAAAGGAGCAGGAAGAAAGACAACAGCAAUUUGAUAUGAUGAACAAGCAAACUAGAGAUACCCAGCAGCUUCAGCAGCAGCAAAUGCAGCAGUUUAUGCAAAUGAAUGCAAACAUGAUGCAACAGCACCAACAACAAACCCUUGCACUUAUGGAACUAAUGAAAAAGUUUGCUGGGAAGUGA